AGUUGCCAGUGCCAGCAACCAAUUGAAAGUUGAAACUCCGAAAAAGCGCGCGUGUUAUAAAUAUUUUUGUUGUUGUGCCCCAUAAAGUGAGCAAGCAGUGUGUGCGCGAGGGGGAGCAGGGACAGGCAGCGAGCAGACACACACAUGACCACAAUGCCACCGGAAAUGUCCGCAGCAACGGCAGCUCCCGUUGGCACCGCACCCAGUCCGGCCAUUGCCGUCGGCGGCGGCAUGCCGCGCGAUUCACCGCCCGGAGGUGGCGCCGUGGCCAUUGCCACCACCAGCCCCAAUGCGACCAGCACCACCACCACACAGGCGACCCGUUCGCGCUUCAUGAUCACGGACAUUCUGGCUGGCAGUGCGGCCGCUGCGGCUGCUGCAGCGGCGGCGGCAGCAGCUGCAAUGGCAGCAGCCUCCGCGGGACAUGACACCGACUGCUAUGGCAGGGAGCGGGAUCGCGAGCGCGACAGAGAGCGGGAGCGGGAGCGGGAGCAGGCGGCAGCAGCGGUGGCCGCCCAUCAUCAUCACCAGCAGCAGCAGCAGCAGCAGCAGCAGCAACAGCAUCAGCAGGCCGCCCUCCAGCAGUACAUUGUGCAGCAGCAGCAGCUCCUGCGCUUCGAGCGGGAAAGGGAACGCGAGCGGGAGAGGGAGCGAGAGCGAGAGCGAGAGCGAGAGCACUUCAGGGAGCGCCACUCGCCUCCAGCGAACCCCGCACUGGGCUACCACCACCAGAUGGCGCCUCAUCUGCUGGCCCACUUUCCACCCUCCCACUACGCCGUGCUCCAACAGCAGCAACAACAGCAGCAACAGCAACAGCAGCAGCAGCAGCAGCAGCAACAUCCGCAUCCGCAUCAUCUGCAGCAGCAGCUGGAGCGGGAGCGAUUGGAGGCCCUGCAUCGGCAUGGAGUGGCGGUGGGUGCCGGUGUCCAUUUGGAGCCUCAUCACAAUCAGCAUCUCCACCAUGCGGCUCAUCCCCAUCACGAUGAGCGAUCACGUUCCCCGUUGAUGUUGCAACAAAUUGGAAACAACAACAACAACAGCAGCUCCAACAACAACAAUAAUAACAACAACAAUAGCUCCAACAGCAACAACAAUAAUAACAAUGGAAGUGGAAGCGGCAUGAUGCUGGGAGGAGCGGGCAGCAGCAUCAGCGGCGACCAGGCCAGCACCAUCGACGACAGCGACAGCGACGAUUGUGGUGGCAAAGAUGACGAUGGCGAGGACAGCCUGAAGAACGGCAGCUCCGCCAACGGUGACUCCUCAUCCCACCUGAGCCUCAGUCUGAGCAAGAAGCAGCGCAAGGCGCGCACCGCCUUCACCGAUCACCAGCUACAGACGCUGGAGAAGUCCUUUGAGCGGCAGAAAUAUCUGAGCGUGCAGGAUCGCAUGGAGUUGGCCAACAAGCUGGAGCUGAGCGACUGCCAGGUGAAAACCUGGUAUCAGAAUCGCAGAACCAAAUGGAAGCGACAGACGGCCGUGGGCCUGGAACUGCUGGCAGAGGCUGGCAACUACGCGGCCUUCCAGCGGCUGUACGGCGGUGCCACGCCCUAUCUGAGCGCCUGGCCGUAUGCGGCUGCCGCUGCCGCCCAAUCGCCCCACGGCGCACCGCCCUCGGCCAUCGAUAUCUACUACCGCCAGGCGGCCGCCGCAGCGGCCCUGCAGAAGCCAGCGAUGCCCGCCUCCUACCGCAUGUACCCCACCAGUAUGCCGCCGGGCAUGUCGCUACCCGGCAUGCCCCCACCGCCACCCGGUGCUGCGCCAAUGCUCAGCGGUUACUAUGCGGCCGCCGCGGCAGCCGCCGCCACUGCUCAGCCACCGCAGCAGCAGCAGCAGCAGCAGCAACUGAUACCGCCGCGCGACCGUUCGCCGGCCACCAGCCAGAGCGCCAACAGCGAGGCGGACUGCGAGCGGGGCAGCAGCAGCAGUCGCCAACGCCUGCUCACGCCCAGUCCGCCCCUCAAUCCGGGCAGUCCGCCGCGCCGCGACCGCGAGCGGCUGAACGAGGUCGAGGAUCUGCCCGGAGCACCCCUCAAGCUGAUGCGCUGCUCGCCCCUGCCCGCCGACGAGGAGCACAGAAGCGGCGCCGAGCAGGAGCGGGAGCGGGAGCACGCCGACGACGACGACGAAGACGAAGAACUGGCCCUGGAGGUCUGAUAAGCCGAUGAGCUGUUGAGCUGUUGAGCUGGCCCCAGUGCACCCUCUCUAAGCUGGAUCUCACAAACUGUCUAAACAUCAUCAUGGGGCACACUCGUGUCUAGCACCUACGAAAUGUUCGGGAAAUGUUUUGCUUUAGUUUUGUUUUUUUUUUAAGCAGUCUUAAAAUUGUUUGCUAAAUUUAAUGUGAAAAUUAACUAAAUGGAGUUGAAUAAUUAUCUAAAAAAAAAGGGUUAACAAAUGCAAAAGU